AUGAGAAUAUUAAUAAAUAGAAGCAAAGGUUGCUAGGCUGGAAACUACGUUUCCCAGGAUCCUCAGCCUGUGACCCGGAAGUGAUCGGUGGAAGAAACAGCUGAGAGAAGAGCUCUGCAGUGCUAUUGUCGUAUGAAAACUUCUCUAGGAUGUAUCAGAAUAACCUAGAUGAGGAGGAGUUUAUCACUAUUCGUGUACAGGACCCCAGACUGCAGAACGAGGGAUCAUGGACCUCUUAUGUGGAUUAUAAAAUAUUCCUUCAUACAAACAGCAAAGCGUUCACUGCUAAGACAUCUUGUGUCAGGAGACGUUACCGGGAGUUUGCCUUUCUGAGAAAACAGCUUCAGAAAUAUGCCGGAUUAGUGCCGGUACCAGCGUUACCAGGAAAACUUCCCUUUCACAUCGGCUGCACUGAUGAGUUCAUUGAGCAGAGGCGACAGGGACUUCAGCAGUUUUUGGAACAAGCUGUACAGAACAUGGUCCUCUUGUCAGACAGUCAACUGCAUCUCUUCCUACAGAGUCAGCUCUCAGUGGGUGACAUUGAAGCCUGUGUGAAGGGACAUCGACCAUAUACUGCUACAGAAGCUAUCCUAAAUUAUGCCAUAUCCAACAGAGGAUGGACUCAAGAGGAAACACUCUCUAGGUAGUAGGAAAGGACCUUUGGUAAUGCAGAUGUAAAGGGAAAUCCAUAGGCCAGCCUUCACACUUUGCACUUUCCAUUUGGAAUGACUUUAAAAAUAUACCUGGCACCUCUUUGUGUUACCUCGUGCAAGGUGUGCUGAGUUUUCAUAGAUAUUCACACUGGCAUACUUUGUUUCAUGCAUGAUUCUGAAAAUGCGUGAGAUGAUGGUUCAUCUAAAAAUGGCUUUAUGACAGAUGAGACCUGUACGGAGAACAGCUGGUGACCUGCAUGGUGAACAACAUACCGCACAGACCAUAACCGCAUUAUUUACUAUUCCUACCAAUGUCACCAAGACCUGUUCGACCCAGGACCCAGUUUGUAACCAGAAAAUCAGAGGCUCCCUGGUGUUUAUACGUAACACACAGUGCUAGAUCUGGUGUCUUUGAAAAAUCACUGAUCUAGGUCUUCAGUCUGUUUUCUUGCACUGCUGGAUUGUGGGUCUGUGUGGGAAUCAGAAAUGUAAUACAGCAACAAAAAACAACAACUUACCAAUGGCUCCAUGACUGCAGUGUCUAUCUCGAAGAUGAACACAUGAGCUCUGCUUCCUGGACUUCUUAGAAUAUACUUUUACCGGGCAUUUUACAACCUGAUUGUUUUAGAAUAA